CAAACAAGAUGGUCCACAAAGUUUUGAGCUGGCUUUUGCUUCUCCUAACUUCGCUUUCCACUAUCGAUUUGGUGGCAAGCCUCACCAGGAAUAUCUACAGUCCAGAUGGAAGUCACUUGGAAUUUAGCAGGAACUUAAAAUAUCCACAUACAAAUAGUAAUAGCAGUUUUACACCUUUAAGUCGCUCUAAGCGAGUGGCCAUCUACGAUGGUCAGGGCAUUGUCAAGCUUGUCCCCAGUUUGGCUUACCCCGUAAAGCAGACCGACAAGGAGCAGUCCUUUUGGUGGUUCUUCAACUUGCAAGGUCAGUGGGUACCCACCACCGUUCCCCUCUACUGGUGGAGUUUCUGGAACACCACUGCUUUCGUGUCCACCGCCCGGGAAUGGCGCAAGGACAUGCAGUUGAAGCUGACCCACGACGAGGCCCGAACCUGGGUCUACAAUGCCAUUGAAGUGGGCAUGGAGCAGUUGGAUGGUGUAUACGGUGGAGUCUGUCUGUUGAGAAGCAUCUGUGAAAUAGCCCAGAAACCCUUCCAGAACAGCAACAUCUUCAGUGAGAUCGUAAACGCAGUGCUUGUGUAAGAACAGCUUUUAUUUGGAAUCGGAGAACACGAUUAAUUUGAAAUUAUUCUCAGACCGAGCUUGGACAAUGUGGCCGGAAAGUAUUUACACGCCCGGGAUGCCGGACGUGGAGGAGCUGACUGCGAGCGCACCUACAGUGACUGCAAUCCGCUGCUCUGGACCCUCGUCACAAACAUGGCCAAGAAUCCGUUUUGAUGCCCACAUAUCCUUCGGUAUCCUCCAGACACUCAGGGAAUAUUCGUCUCUUCCGCAUACAAAUAAAAUUUUUAAAUGCUCCAGAA